AUGAGUGAUGUCGAGGCUGUCUCCUCCCUGCCAGCUUCCCUGGAUCCCGGACAAAGCGCUUUUGCUGUCAAGGUGAAUCACCAGUCUACCUUGGGUCACCCACCUUCCAAGAGAGCCACCCCCCCGGUUGCUCAGGAAGAGGAUGUUCCCGCCAAAGAGGUAGAUCCUGCUGUCGGGGACGGCGAUGGGCCACCGAGCCCCAAGGCUGACUCGGAGGCAGAAACCAUAAUCCAAUCGGGCCGUGAAUCUUUGUCGCCUGAGAAGAGACGGAAGUUUAUAAAGCAUGAGCCGAAACGACGUGAUGAUGCAAAUGACCAUGUUGAUGCCGCAGAGAGCGAACUUCCACCUAAUGAUUUGCAUGUGAGAAAGAUAAAGUCGGUGGAUGGGGAUGUGCCCAGCGACCGCGACCGUCCGGUGCGCCCGGCAAGCCCUCUGCGGAGGGUGGGGUCGCCCGCCAUCGUCAAGAUUGAGAAGACCGAGGAACCUCAGGCGGUCCCGAGUAAAGUCGAACCAUCACAGCCGAUAACUUCCGCACCCAGAACAUCAAGAAAGCGCAGCUUCAGCGAGAGCGUCGACGGGGAGGCGGAUGCUCGCCGGAAUGCCCGCCAACAUCAUUCGGCAGCCCCUCGCGAUCGUGAGCGACGGGAUUUGAACGGGAUCUCUCUCCCUCGUCCGACACCGAAUGAUCGAUCGGUCUCACCGGUUCGUGCUCACAAGCGGACAGCAUCUGGUCCUCAACUCGGCAGCGAUCUGCACAGGAAGAGGAAGGCUCCUACCCCACUCAUCUCAGGGGUGCAGCGGCAAAGCUCGGAAGACCGACAGUCCGUGUCAUCUUCGACGAGUGGAUCUCCAUUACCCAGUGCCUAUGUACGGAAGGUUGCAUCCGUCGAUGGUGCGUCCGCGUCUCCUGCAAGGCCAACCGGCCACAAGAAGCAGCGGGAUCAGAAUGGCCGAACCCGUCUGGCACGUGCCUGUGCUGCCCAGGAGUUGGAUGUCGCGAUUGCACGACAUGCUGAACGCCCAGAGGAUCUCAAUGUGGCCGACAAUGCAGGCAAUACGCCGCUCCAGAUUGCCUCCCUCGAAGGCUGUGCAUCUAUUGUCAAGUUUUUGUUGGAGGCUGGCUGUGAGGUAGAAACCAGGAACAUUGACCGGGACACCCCGUUAAUCGAUGCUGUUGAAAACGGGCACCUGGACGUUGUCAAGCUCUUGCUUCAGGCCGGUGCCAAUCCUCGCGCAGUCAAUGCCGAAGGCGACGAGCCAAGUGAUUUGAUUCCUUCAGACUCAGAGGACUUUGACGAGAUCCGACGAGUCCUCGAAGAAGCCAAGGCUAACCCCCGCCCGAGUCGUCGCUCGGAGGAACAAACCAGCUCUGGAAAUAGGGAAUUGCCUUCACGCCGGGUCACGGUUAACAGCCCGCGUGAAUCACCACCAGUUAGUGGACAGCGGAGUCCGCCCUUUUCCGGUCUCACGAGCAAACGAAAAAGUGUACGGAGUGAGGCUACUCGGAACGACCUGUUGUGGACCAAGGCUACUCCUGAGAACUUACAAGCAUUCGCCGCGAAGGGUGACAUGGCCGGAGUGGCGAACAUCCUCAAUGUCGGGCAAAGGGCUGACGCUGAAUCUAUGAUCGCUGCCGCCAAGGGUGGUCACGAUGAAGUGCUAUCUCUCUUACUCGGCAUGGGCGAUGCGGAUCCUGAUCCCGAUCCGGUUCAGAGCGGCACCCAGAAGCCAGGAUACAAUACGCCCAUGUUGGCUGCGAUCGGCCGAGGCAACCUUCCCGUCAUCAAACUCCUACUUGCUCAGCCUAGUUUUGAUCCGACCCGUCGUCUUUACAAGGACCGUACCUACUUCGAGCUGUCUCGGGAUCGCAGAGCCGAUAACUGGGAAGAGGAAUACGACUGUCUGCGUGAGGCAUACGACGAAUACCGAAGCAAGAAGCAACGAAAAGGCGAGUUUUCAUCCCCGCGACGAGUCCGUGAGAAGGAGAAGGAACGCAAACGAGCCGGUCGCCGAGAAUCACCGUCUCCUGUCGGUCGGCCUCGGAAAGCAGUUGGGAGCCCCGUCCGGCGGGAUUCUUCCAAGGACGCGCUGUCCAAGGAGCGCAGGAGGGAAGCUAUGGCACACGCCAAGGAAAAGCCUAGUGUGGCUCGGCCAAAGGUUGUCCAUGUUGCCCCGGAUCAUGACACGCCGCGGUUCGACCCAGCCCGAUCAAAGGGGGCUCCUACGAGGGAAGGUGAUUCUACUCGAGGCGAUGAGGCCCCUAAAAGGAGACGAUUAAUUGCUGGACGACCACCGGAUCGUGACAGGAGGGUACCCAGCGUGCCUCCAACUGACUCUAUGCCGGGGAGAGAUGACAAUGCCAGAGCGCGCACCGAUCAUCCCGAUUCUGCCACCUCAAAGCCUGGGCCACCGCCUCUGAAACGCGGACGCAGCAGUGUGAGUCCGGACCGGCCUCGGUCUCGAGAUACCGAGGCUGAGCGGCAUCCUCGCGACAUGCAAAAGAAGAAGCGGCGCGUAUUGUCAGAGGACGGCACGCCAAACAUCACCAACGGAGGCGUGAAGAAAAGUCAGACAACCUCGGAGGACCUCAAGGUUGUGUCCCGCCACAAAGACGACCACCAUGUCAUCGAAACCAAACGAGACCAUUCGCGGGAACCUGACGCUCCGUCAAAGGCGACCGAGCGGAAUCCUGUCAAGGAGGAGCAGGAGAAGCACGAGACCCAUGAUCUUGAAGAUAUUCCUAUGGAGGAUUCGACAAGCGCCGCGGAGGCUGAAGCUGAAGCGCGUCGGCAGAAGGAAGCCCAGAAAGCUGCAGAAGAGCGACAGGCCGAGGAAGCACGGAUCGCUGCAGAGUCAGAAAGAGCGCGUGUGGAAGAGGAGGAGCGGACUGUCCGAGAAGCUCGGCUUGCCCAGGAGAAGGCUGCAGAAGAGGAGCGGAAGCGGCAAGAGGCGGAGCAACGGCGGAUCAAGCAAGCCGAGGACGAGCGCCAGAGGCGUCUCGAACAGGAAAGGCAGCGCCUCGCGAAACUGCGCAGGGAGCAGGAAGAGCAGGAACAACGCCGACGCGAUGCUCUCCCCAGCCGACUCCGAGCUGCAGCCAAUCUAGUGGGCUCGAACGAUCCCCAGGCGAAGAGCCAUGUCUGGCUCAAGAAGUUCAUGCCCGUGGUCACUGCUGAAACCCAGCAACUUGACCCGUCUUGUGGAGCGGCCGUGGCUGACGACAAAUGGAUUCCGAACUACCUCGUCGCACCCUUACUGGCGACGAAUGAUCUUCAGCUGUCUCAGUAUGCCAGCUGGGAGAAGCGCCAGGCGACGCCCACGCAGCGGAUGAACCUGUGGCGCGUCACGCGAAGGAUGCUGGUUCAAGCGGAGGAGACGGAGUUUCUCAGUUCUUCCUUUGAACAGAUCAUGCAGAAGGAUAGUGAAGCACGGCCCAAAUACUUUGAGAUGGAGCAUGUAUUCUGGGUGAAGCUAUCCGAUUUCAUGGAUCUUGUUCCACAUAUACCGCACCUUCAUGGGUUGGACAUACAGUUGCUGAAGAUGCAUAUUGACCAGGAACCCAAGCCGCAGCCGGUGCUUGAGUUGCCGCCGGCGAAUGGGCAUAUCUCUGGCGGGCAUAUCGAGGAGGCGCCAGGGCUUUUGGGAGGAACCGGGUUGACUAACGGCUAUGGACACAGCCGGGCUAGUACAUACGUCUAA